GGCGCGGCGCGGAGCGAGCGGCGGGGUGAGCUCAUCCCGGGCGCGGGUGGGGAGCGCCGCGCAGAGCCCAGCCCAGCCCAGCCCAGACGAGCGGGGCCGCCGGCAGCCGCCGCGGCAACUUUGUUGGGAAAGGCAGCCCCGAGCGGCAGCAGCGCGGCCGGCGCCCCGGCGGGAGGGCGGACGGACGGACGGAGGCGGCGGUGAAACCCAUUCUUUGGACUUGACCAGAUAUUAACUCUGACAGGAAUGAAAAUCUGAAGAUUUUUGUGAACUUACAGCUAUCUAAAGGAAUUGAUGAGCAGGGUUUCACUGUGGUGUUUCAUCUGAAGCUGGUCAUGACAGCCACCAGGAGUUUUUGCUAAAGCUGCAUGUGCCUACCUUCGCAGGAGUUUGGAUAGCUGCUGCAUCUUUGAAGAGAGAUUUCCUGUGCCCUUCUUCAAAUGCUUGUGAUAUUUCCACGAGGAACCACCUUUCUGCUUAAAAGAAGUUUAAGCGAUUGGAUUACAACUCUGACAUUUUGAAGCACAAGUGAUGUUAAAACAAUUUGAAUGUAAUAGAGCAUGGCUACUUCUUAAAAUGCAGAAGUUAAAGGAAAUUAUUGCUUAUCAAAACCUACUGAAUAUCUGAAUUCUCUAGACAUCCUGCAUUUAACUGUGUCCUUAAAUGUCAAUGAUUAAGAUCUCAUGCAACCAUUGUAUAUUUUGGAGACUAUUCUCCAAAAGAGAACUGUGCAUUUAAAAAGCAGAAAUGACUGUUUUCUCUCUUGGAACUUACUAAGGUUGAACAUACUGAAAGAUCAUGACCAGCUUGAAGCGGUCCCAGACCGAAAGGGCCGUUGCCACUGGGGUAUCGGUUGGAACAGAUGGCACCUCAAAAGUCCACUCGGAUGACUUCUAUAUGAGGCGCUUUAGGUCACAGAAUGGCAGCUUAGGAUCUGCAGUCAUGGCGCCAGUUGGACCUCCUCGCAAUGAAAGUUCCCAUCAUGUUACCUCUACGCCUGGAGUCCCUAAAAUGGGGGUCAGGGCCAGGAUUGCUGAUUGGCCCCCAAGGAAGGAGAACAUCAAGGAAACAAGCAGAUCUAGUCAAGAUAUUGAAACAUCAAGUUGCCUUGACAGCAUGUCUUCUAAAAGCAGUCCUGGGAGUCAGGGAAGCUCUGUUAACCUGAAUGCUAGUGAUUCUGUCAUGUUAAAGAGCAUCCAGAGCACACUUAAAAACAAGACCAGACAAUCUGAGAAUCUAGACUCCAGGUUUCUUACACCUGAUGGCUAUCCCAGUUCCCCAAGGAAAGCUCUUCGCAGAAUAAGACAGCGCAGUAACAGCGACAUUACCAUAAGUGAGCUUGAUGUGGAUAGUUUUGAUGAAUGUAUUUCACCCACUUUUAAAUCUGGACCAUCUCUGCACAGGGAGUAUGGCAGCACAUCUUCCAUAGAUAAGCAGGGAACUUCAGGGGAAAGUUUUUUUGACUUACUGAAGGGCUAUAAAGAUGAAAAGUCUGAUCAGAGAAGCCCAGCCACAACUAAGCUCAGUGAACUCCUGAUUGCCAGUGGAAGCAAGGGUUCAGGAUUCUCUCUAGAUGUGAUAGAUGGACCUAUUAGUCAAAGGGAAAACCUGAGACUCUUUAAGGAAAGGGAGAAGCCACUCAAGAGACGCUCAAAAUCAGAGACAGGAGAUUCAUCCAUUUUUCGUAAGCUGCGCAAUGCCAAAGGUGAAGGGGAGCUUGGGAAGUCUUCAGAUCUUGAAGAUAACAGGUCAGAAGAUAGCAUCAAGCCUUGGACUUGUCCAAAGUGUUUUGCUCAUUAUGAUGUACAGAGUAUUUUAUUUGAUUUAAAUGAAGCGGCAAUCAACAGGCAUAAUGUUAUUAAAAGAAGGAACACAACCACAGGUGCAUCUGCUGCUGCUGUAGCAUCACUUGUCUCUGGACCCUUGUCCCAUUCUGCAAGUUUCAAUUCUCCAAUGGGCAGCACUGAAGACCUGAAUUCAAAAGGAAGUCUCAAUAUGGACCAGGGGGAUGAUAAAAGCAAUGAACUUGUGAUGAGUUGUCCUUAUUUUCGUAAUGAGAUUGGUGGGGAAGGGGAGAGGAAGAUCAGCCUUUCCAAAUCUAAUUCAGGUUCCUUCAGUGGAUGUGAAAGUGCCUCAUUUGAGUCGACUCUGAGUUCUCAUUGCACGAAUGCUGGAGUAGCAGUUCUGGAAGUUCCCAAAGAGAAUCUUAUUUUACAUCUAGACAGAGUAAAAAGAUACAUCGUUGAACACGUAGACCUUGGUGCAUAUUAUUAUCGAAAAUUCUUCUAUCAAAAAGAACACUGGAACUAUUUUGGGGCAGAUGAGAACCUGGGUCCAGUAGCUGUGAGUAUAAGAAGAGAGAAGCCAGAGGAAAUCAAAGAAAAUGGACCUCAAUACAACUACCGGAUCAUAUUCAGAACCAGUGAGCUUAUGACACUAAGAGGCUCUGUGCUGGAAGAUGCUAUCCCUUCAACUGCAAAGCAUUGCACAGCCAGGGGACUACCCCUAAAAGAAGUGCUGGAGUAUGUGGUUCCUGAGCUGAAUAUACAUUGCCUAAGGCUGGCCUUCAACACUCCGAAAGUCACAGAACAGCUUAUGAAGCUGGAUGAACAAGGGUUAAGUUACCAGCUUAAGGUGGGUAUCAUGUACUGCAAAGCUGGGCAAAGCACAGAAGAGGAAAUGUAUAAUAAUGAAUCAGCAGGUCCAGCCUUUGAAGAAUUUCUUCAGCUCUUGGGAGAACGAGUUCGACUCAAGGGAUUUGAAAAGUAUCGUGCUCAGCUGGAUACCAAGACUGAUUCAACAGGUACUCAUUCUCUAUACACAACGUACAAGGACUAUGAAAUCAUGUUCCACGUUUCUACUAUGUUGCCAUAUACUCCAAACAACAAGCAACAGCUUCUGAGAAAACGACAUAUUGGAAAUGAUAUUGUGACAAUAGUUUUCCAGGAGCCUGGAGCACAACCAUUCAGCCCAAAGAACAUUCGAUCCCAUUUCCAGCACGUCUUUGUCAUUGUAAGAGUGCACGGUCCCUGUACUGACAGCGUUUGUUACAGUGUUGCUGUGACAAGAUCCAGAGAUGUACCAUCCUUUGGACCACCUAUUCCAAAAGGUGUCACGUUUCCUAAAUCAAAUGUGUUCAGGGACUUCUUACUAGCCAAAGUCAUUAACGCAGAGAAUGCUGCUCAUAAAUCAGAAAAGUUUCGUGCGAUGGCCACCAGGACCCGUCAAGAGUACUUGAAAGACUUGGCAGAGAAGAAUGUCACCAACACACCUAUUGACCCUUCUGGCAAAUUCCCCUUCAUCUCACUUGCUUCAAAAAAGAAAGAAAAGUCCAAGCCUUAUCCAGGAGCAGAGAUCUAUAGUUCUGGUGCUAUUGUAUGGAGUGUCCAUGCAAAAGACUACAGCAAGGGUAUGGAAAUAGACUGUCUCCUAGGCAUCUCUAACGAGUUUGUAGUCCUCAUUGAACAGGACACGAAAAGCGUGGUGUUCAAUUGCUCCUGUCGAGAUGUGAUAGGGUGGACUUCAACAGACACAAAUAUCAAAAUAUUCUAUGAGAGGGGUGAAUGUGUUUCUUUGGAGAGCUUCAUCAGCAACAUUGAUGAUAUCAAAGAGAUCGUCAAAAGGCUGGAGCUUGUGACUAAGGGCUGUGAAACAGUGGAGAUGACUCUGCGUAGGAAUGGUCUGGGUCAGCUUGGUUUCCACGUAAACUACGAAGGCAUUGUGGCAGAUGUUGAGCCCUACGGCUAUGCGUGGCAGGCAGGACUGAGACAAGGCAGCCGGCUGGUGGAAAUCUGCAAGGUGGCUGUAGCCACUCUGAGCCAUGAGCAAAUGAUUGAUCUUCUCAGAACAUCAGUAACAGUGAAGGUCGUCAUCGUCCCUCCAUAUGAGGACUGCACACCACGCAGGAGUACUUCAGAAAACUACCGUAUGCCCGUGAUGGAAUACAAAGUGAAUGAAGGAAUGUCGUAUGAAUUCAAAUUUCCCUUCAGAAAUAAUAACAAAUGGCAGCGAAAUGCAAGCAAAGGACAGGGACCUCAUGUGGCUCAGGUACCAUCCCAAAUACAAAGUCCAGUAACAUCUAGGAUUGGCUCUGGUAAAGGAGAAGGGAAAAUGCCACCCCCAGAACGAGCAGCCAACAUCCCCCGAAGCAUCUCUAGUGAUGGGCGCCCGCUGGAGAGCCGGAGGUUGUCUCCCAGUUCUGAUGUCUACGUCACAGUUUCAUCCAUUGCCUUAGCACGAUCGCAACAGUGUCGUAAUUCUCCAAGCAACUUAUCAUCCUCAAGUGAGACUGGCUCUGGUGGGGGCACAUACAGACAAAAAUCUAUGCCAGAAGGGUUUGGAAUUAGCCGUAGAUCCCCUGCUUCCAUUGACAGGCAGAACACGCAAUCAGAUACAGGUGGUAGCGGCAAAUCCACACCCAGCUGGCAAAGAAGUGAGGAUAGUAUCGCUGACCAGAUGGAACCAACAUGCCAUCUCCCAGCAGUAUCAAAAGUACUGCCAUCCUUCAGAGAAAGCCCCAGUGGAAGACUGAUGAGACAGGAUCCUGUGGUUCACUUGUCUCCAAAUAAGCAGGGUCAUUCUGACAGCCACUACUCCAGCCAUUCCAGCAGCAAUACUCUCUCCAGCAAUGCCUCCAGUGCUCACAGUGAUGAGAAAUGGUAUGACAGUGGAGAGCGCACCGAAUCAGAGCUGAACAGCUACAACUACCUUCAAGGGACUUCAGCUGAUAGUGGCAUAGAUACCACUUCCUACGGACCUAGCCACGGCAGCACUGCCUCCCUGGGAGCAGCAACAUCUCCCCGUACAGGGCUAACAAAGGAGAAAGCGGCACCUCUGUGGCAUAGCUCCAGCGAAGUGGUCUCCAUUGCAGACAGAACAUUAGAAAAAGAGAGCCACAUGGACCGAAAGACUGAGUCUUCACUGAGCCUGGAUAUUCACAGCAAGAGUCAACCAGCCUCCAAUCCUCUAACGAGGGAGAACAGUGCUUAUAGUCUUAGUGAUGCUGUCUCGCAUACAAGUACCAUGAGCUCACGACACUCUGCCAGCCCGGUUGUUUUCACCAGUGCCAGAAGCUCACCUAAAGAAGAGCUUCAUUCUGCUACUUCUCCCCAGCUCGCACCUUCUUUUUCCUCCUCUUCUUCCUCCUCAUCUGGUCCUAGGACUUUCUACCCUCGCCAGGGUGCUACUAGCAAGUAUCUGAUCGGAUGGAAAAAGCCAGAAGGGACAAUAAACUCAGUGGGGUUUAUGGAUUCCAGAAAACGUCACCAGAGUGAUGGCAAUGAAAUGGCCCACCCUCGGCUGCGUGCUUCAGCAAGAGAUCUACGAGCAUCACCGAAACGAGCAUCCAAGUCCACCGUUGAAGAAGAGCUGAAGAAAUUGAUAGAUCUUGAUAGCCCAACACCUGAAUCCCAGAAGAAUUUUAAGCAGCUCACUGGCACUGACCAGAGAGUAUGUAACUCCAAGCUAACCACAGCAUUUCUUUCUCCGAUGUGGAGCAUGGAGGAAGCUGGGAUGAUGGUGGGGUCACACACUCUGUCCUGUCAGUCUCCCUUUCCCAGCACUCCUACCACAAGGCGUGCCUUGCAAAGGACUUUGUCAGAUGAGAGUAUUUACAGUGGUCAAAGGGACCACUUCUUCAGCUCGCGGGCCUCGCUCUUGGACCAAGCCAUGCCAAAUGAUGUACUAUUCACCAGCACGUACCCUUCUCUCCCAAAGUCGCUGCCACUGCGGAGACCAUCAUAUACUUUGGGAAUGAAAUCACUACAUGGAGAGUUUUCUGCCUCAGACAGCUCCCUCACAGAUAUCCAGGAGCAAAGACGGCAGCCCAUGCCAGACCCUGGUCUUAUGCCAUUGCCUGAUUCUGCCUCUGAUCUGGACUGGUCAAACUUGGUAGAUGCUGCCAAAGCCUUUGAAGUUCAGCGAGCUUCAUUCUUUGCUGCUGGCGAUGAAAAUCACAGACCUGUGAGUGCUGCCUCCAGUGGUGAUCAGGCUGAGGACCAGCUUACUGCACAGAUAAAGCCUUAUACAGGUAAAGAAUCUCCUCCAACUCUCGCCUCUAAAGUGGACCAGCUGGAAGGUUUGCUGAAGAUGUUGCAAGAGGAUUUAAGGAAGGAAAAAGAGGACAAGGCCAGCCUUCAGGCUGAAGUGCAACAUUUGCGGGAAGACAACUUGAGGUUACAGGAGGAAUCCCAGAAUGCAACCGAGAAACUGAAGAAAUUCACCGAAUGGGUUUUCAACACAAUUGAUAUGAACUGAGAACAGUGUACGGGGAAGGAAACUAUCUGUUAUGAAUAUUAUUACUGGGACUUAAGCUUUAAUGCCACCUUAAUCAUGACAUGUGAAAGUAUAGUCAGAGCACUUCCCUGCCCUUCAUCCUCCAAUAACCCUUUUUUCGCAUCUCUGCGCGCACUCAGAACAAUUGCAGAUCAACAAUCAAUGUCUGCCUUUUGUAGAAAAAAAAAAGUAAAUAAUUUUAAAAAGGUAAAAUAAAAGUUUAACUGCUAAAAUGUGAAUGUCUAUUUUUUGCACAUUGUCUCUUUAUCUGUUAUGUACAAAAUGAUUUGGAGGCAGGAUCAGACUUGCUGUUCCAUCUGCCUCUGUUUCCAUUAACUUCUUUCUCUCUGUUUCAGGUAAUCUGCUUUUCCUUGCAGCUUUGGCAAAUAUUAUGACAUCUAGAAAAUUAGAAAGACAUGUUUAUUUUACUGCUCUUCUUACAUUGUUUUCUGAAGUAUGCCACAGACAAGGGGAUGUAAUGCAAUGUUUUAGGUGUCUCCUUAGCAAUUUGCGCUUGAUUGCUAGUGCUACCUUCCCAUACAUUACAGAGAACGCGUGUCCAUAGUGUAUGGUACAGUACAACCAGCAUCAUAACAUUUGGAGAGAGACUAGAGACGUGGGCCAUGGGUGAGGCGUAUUAUCACACAUCUAUUGCAUUAGCAUUUCUGGUAGCCUUUGUUUCCCGUGGAAACAAUGGCUGCAAGUAACUUUACAAACAGCAAAACUAGGCAUGCUGCAGUUCAUGCUGUAUCAGGCAGGCUGAGAGAUACUGAGUAGUGUUGCUGUACCACUUAAGUAUAGUCCCCUUCCCUUCCAGGGGAAUCUGUUACUUGCGUAUGUGCAGAAGACUUAGGCUGAAGUUGUAAAGAGAUUAAGAUUUCUUUCCCCUGAAGUGUUUCCAUAAAAAUCCACAUAAACCCUCUCCGUGCACCUGCCCUCCCAUUCCAUUUCUCUGGACUUCUCAAAUCACAACAGAUUUGAGAAAUGUUUAUUCAACUUGUGUUUUAUUACAUGAGAGGUCUUAUAAAUCUUUUACUAUGGUAGACAGAUGUAAAGGUAAAUUAGAGAAGUGUGUUUUUCAAAGUACUGGGAUAGGAUUGGAGCUCUGAAAUCCCCAAUCCCCAGUGAAACUGUGUAGCAUGAGAUUUCCCAAACUGCCUCAUGCCAAGAAAGUUAAUUUCUUGUUCUUUGAAGGAACAGCUAACUUGCCACAACAUGUUACCUCUCUAGAAAAUACCUUUUAGGUGUCAGAAUACGACUUUUAAGCGCUGCAGUCUGCACAGGCAUUGAACUGUGCAGCAUGCUGAGAAACCUUUUCUACUCCCUUCUGAGUAUACAGUCACUACCUUAAAAAAUAUUGCCUUGCAUAAAGUGCAGUAUAUUUGGAGGUUAAUUUCAAGAGCAUCCACUCCCUCCCCUUUACCACAUUCUCAAAUAGACAGAUUAAAAUCAUUGGGCAUAGUCUUGUCACAGAAACUUCCACGCUCUUUUCAAAUCCUUUUUUCAUGCUCUUUAAUCUUGCUCCAUACAAGUACACACUACACUUCAACCUCAAACUUAAUUUGUGAUGCUAAUCCCCAUGGAGUUCUUCUCUGAUGUUUUGUCAUGGAAAUGGAUCUCUUUGGAACUAUUUCUGGAGUGCUUUUGUAAAGGUUUAGAAUGUCUUGGGUUUUUUAAUGACUUGUAUGAAGGAGAUUUAUAUAAUGCCUGAUAUUAUUUGUAAAUGGGAAAUAUUGCUAACAUCUCUGAGCAUCCUGAAGUCUUGCUUUUAUUCUCUUUUAAGUUUGGUUUUUAUUUUAUUUCAAAAAAUAUUUUGGGACUUGGGGCAGACUAUUUAUUAGAGUUUUGCAACAGAGUUCUUCUUGUAUGAUGCCACUGAAGGCUACUUGUAAAAUUCUGACAAUAAAACUCAUUUUAAAGGCUCUUCUAAA